AUGGCAGAAGAUGAUGCGCGAGCGUAUGUGCUUGCAUUCGAAAAUGACAAGCCCGAAGCCGCCAGGAUAGCCUCACAGACCUCGCAGAAGCUGCAAGAUGGUCAAAUUAAAUUGGUCGAAAUCAUCAAGGCACUGGGCGAAUACCUGCAAAGCACCGAUGCUAAGAUAAGAGAUCGUGCGACAAAUUACCUCGCAGCCAUUAUCGUUAACCUGCCAUCGAAGCAGCUCUCGAGACAGGAUAUCUCCAUAUUGAACUCCUUCUUGUGCAGCCGAAUAAGAGAUGGAGGUGCUAUUGAGGGCUUAUCCCGUUUACAGAGCCUCGAUCGCUUCUCACGAGACAACGCGACCGAACUGGCGCAGGCAAUCUUCGAGAAUUUUGCAGACAUGUCAGACAAGAAACAGGCUGAAAGAUACCAGGUCUAUCUGCUUCUGAACGAGUUGUUGGGCACUCACAGGAAGGCUAUGUUGGAAAUGGCUGACACGUCUCUAUUAGGUUAUGUGCAAGUGUUUGGAGGAGAGAAAGAUCCUCGCAAUCUUAUGCUUAUUUUCUCCAUGUUGAGAGUUUUCAUGAUUGAAUGGGAUAUCUCCAAGCACAUUGACCUCAUGUUCGAUGCAGUCUAUGCCUACUUCCCUAUUACCUUUCGACCUCCACCGAAUGAUCCUUAUGGUAUCACAGCACAAGAUCUCAAGGAUCGCUUGCGUGAUUGUCUCGCCUCGAAUGGCGAACUCGCCCCAUCUACAUUCCCAAAUUUGCUGGAUAAGCUGGAUUCCACGUCCGAAGUAGUGAAGAAGGACGUUCUCCAAGCUCUCUCUGCUUGUGCAUUGCACUAUGACCCACCAACCAUCGCUCAAUACUCGAUCACUCUGUGGGAUGCUGUCAAAUUCGAGGUACUCCAGGCGCAAGAACCUUUUCUUGCUGACGAGGCCCUGAACGUAAUCAAGAACAUUGCCAUUUGCUUGUCGAGAAAGACAAGCCCUCAUGCUGUGGAGUGGAAGGCUGACCCACUAAUACACUAUCUGAAACCAAUCAACAAAGAGUGUCUCGAGCAUCUUCAGGAGCCCGCUUCCAGGCAGGCUGGUGCUUCAGGUGAUAUUCUCAAGGCUGCUGCCUCUGCCACUACUCGUUCCUUCGAAAUCGUUCUGAAAAGUGUUGGCCCUGCCUUUUUCACCCUUCAGCAGGCAUCAGAGGGCAUCAAUAACCAACGUGCCAUCCUGACGGCAGUGAAUAAGAUCUUCGAGGCGUCACUUGAAGUUUAUGGAUCAUGGGCCAGCAAUAGCAAUAAGAACCUGGAAGGUGAAAUAACCCUUCUCGCUGAGUUCAAGGAUAAGCUACUGGCGAUAUACAGCAGGGCACUUAUGGGUACUGUCAAGGAGGAGGUAUCUUAUCGCCUUGCAGCACUAAAAGGAUUGUUGCUACUGGCUCAAAUGCGCAACUUACUCGACGAUAAUGAGAUAGGCUUGAUAGUCCAGCACCUUAACGAUAUCGUGCUGGAUGAAGAGUCUUAUGGAAGAGAUGAAUUGAAACAACGAGCAAUGCAAGCACUUGCCGAAAUCUCUAUGUUUAGGGCUCGGUUGAUCACAGAUAUCACUUUCCCUAAAUUCAUCGCUCGACUACCCGAAUCAGAGAAAGACGCUGGCACCUCGAAAAGCUAUCAACCAGUCCUCGAAGGUCUUGCAGAAAUCAGUGUUGGUCAAGACUUGCUUGAGACAUUGAUUCGACGACUACUGAACAAACUCGAUAUACUCAUCCAAACAGGUUAUCAGCCAACGUACCCUUACACAUGCGCUAUUCUCUCUAUUGUCUACUACGUCCUUGAUAGGAGUACCAAGAAUUCCGAUCUUGGUCUGGACAGCUAUUUCGAUCGUGUGGUAGUUGGCUUGUCAGAGAAAGCCGCGACCGGAACCAGUCCGCCUCUAUGCAACCAGGCUGUACUGAAUCUACUUGGUCGCACAAUCAACCUAAUUAUUCGUCGCUCCUCGGAUGAGCACAAAGAUCAAGCGUCAGGUAACAUUUACCGGUUGUUCCGGCACUCUUCGCCUGAGAUGUUGGACGAGACGAAUGUUGACAGAUACUAUCCGCUCAGUGCACUCACACUUUCCACAUGGAUGCUGGCAGCCCUGCCUAAAUCCUCGAGGACAGCCUACAAAGUUAGCCAAGCGAGUGACGAAGAUGACCCUACAGUUGAGCAAUCAUGCUUGCGACAAAUAUCAUUGUUGAUUAACAAGCACUUAUCUUCCAAGGAAGACCUGGCUCAGAUAACCAACUUCUUCACACAUACUAUCGACGGCCUUAAAGACCAGAGUACAAGUUCAGACAGCGAUUAUGGAAACUUCUUUCGUUCUCAGGUACGAUAUACUUUCACUCUUACGAAAGCUCUGGUACUCCGACUUGAAGCGUCAACAAACUCGAUCCUCACAUCCGUCGUCGACCUACUGCAAGACCUGCCACCCCGAAAGGCACGAUAUCUUGCUCUAGGCUUCGGCAUCAUUCUUGCACCAGAUGAGGUCUUAUCGAAGACGAACGAGGCUCAGAUCCGACUUCUUGCUCCUCAGCGAGUAUUCCAGACACUUGUCCCGAUGUUCAGCGCCAAAUUUAGAGAUUCUGAUUCAACGCAAGAACAAAAAGAGAUAUACCUGAUAGCACUCUCAGGCAUACUGGGCACUGUUUCUAGUGACAUCGUGAUGCCCGAAUUGCCGACUUUGCUGCCUCUACUCCUCCAGUCUCUUGAGCUAUCGGACGCGAACCAGAACGUCAAAACAGCAACAUUAGAGACAAUGACCGUGGUUAUCACCAAGAACCCAGAAGCAUUGAUUGAGAGCGGGCACAUUCCUGCACUGGUGAGGCGGUUGAUCGCAGUCGCUACCCCCUCAAUCAAACCAGCAAAAUCCAAGCUACCUGCCAAUACAGGCACCAAGACCUCCUCCGACGUUAUCAUGUCUGAUGCACCGGCCACCUCAUCCUCUCCCAAGGUACGACAGCUGGCAUUGCGCUGUGUGGCGCUAUUGCCACAGCAUGUCAAAGAUCAAAAGACACCCAGUGCACUUCUCCCGCUGAAAAAAGAAGUACUCGGGGGGUUGGCCGGGUGUUUGGAUGAUCCUCGUAGAGAUGUGAGGAAAGAGGCUGUUGACGCUAGAGCGAGCUGGUUGAGAGGUGUGGAUGAUCCGGAAGAUUCGGAUGAAGACUAG